AUGACAACAGAACUCCCACUCACCGACAAGCUCACCUCCAACCACCUCGACGCCCUCUACUCGUACACGCACUUCACCUCGAACCAACCCCCCUCCCACACAGGCGACCACGCGUCCAAACCCUGGGUCCAAGACCCCCAGUACUUCAAAUCCGUCCGCAUCUCCCCCGUCGCGCUCCUCAAGAUGGUCAUGCACGCCCGCUCGGGCGGCUCGCUCGAGGUGAUGGGCAUGAUGCAAGGCUUCAUCGACCGGUCGACCUUUGUCGUCACGGACGCGUUCCGCCUGCCGGUCGAGGGGACAGAGACAAGAGUGAAUGCGCAGGGGGAGGCAGACGAGUAUCUGGUUCAGUAUCUGAGCGGGUGCAGGGAGGAGAGCAGGCAGGAGAAUGUGGUUGGGUGGUAUCACUCGCACCCGGGGUACGGGUGCUGGCUGAGCGGGAUUGACGUUGAGACGCAGAAGCUGCAGCAGCUGCAGGGACCGAUGGUGGCGAUUGUGGUUGAUCCUGACCGGACGGUGGCGGGGGGGAAGGUGGAUAUUGGGGCUUUUAGGACUUUUCCGGAGAAUUAUACUGGAGGGUCUGGGUCGGGAGGGUCAGGGGGAGGAGGGGAUAAGAGUGUGCCGUUGGGGAAGAUGGAGGAUUUUGGAGCGCAUGCGAGUAAAUAUUAUGCUUUGGAGGUGGAGCAUUUCAAGAGCACGUUGGAUAAUAAGCUGUUGGAUGCGCUGUGGAAUAAGUAUUGGGUUGGGACGCUGGCGGGGAAUCCGUUGUUGACGAAUAGGGAUUUUGCGAGUAGUCAGAUGAGGGAUUUGGGGGGGAAGGUGAGGGAGGUUGUUGGGGGUUCUGGGGGGAGGCAGGGUGGUGGGAGGUUGGCGGGGACGGGGGUUCCGUUGGGUGGUGGUGCUGGUGGUGGUGGUGGUGGUGGGGGAAGCUCGUCGAAGGCACGGGGGCAGGAUCUGGACAAGAUUAUUCGGGAUGUUGGGCAGGUUGCCGUUAAGGAGAGGGCCGGGCUGAUGGCGGCGGAGGUGAAGGAGAGUAUUUUUGGGGGGUUGAGGGAGAGGGCGAAGAUGGAGGGUUGUGGGUGUAAGCAUGAGUAG